CGCAUGGUUCGAUCUUGCUUUCAUUCCCGGCACUCGUUUAGUUUCAAUUGAUGAGUCAGAGAGUGUGCUGGUACGAGCGCGAGCCGCACAUGCCUAAUUAGAGCCACCCUAGCCGCCCAAAAGUGAGACAGUUGGCCCCACGAAAUCUACCGUUGGCUGUAUUGGUCGCACAGUUUGUUUACCCCUCAAUUGCCACGGCGAUACAGAAAGCGCGUCUCCGGAGCUCUGAUGGUCCUUGAACCGAUACAGUGCAGUGAAUCUAAAUUCAAACAGCCGCAGCAACGGUGCAGACCUUAAGCCAGUGAGUUUGUGCUUUGGGUGAAUUCAAUACGACUUGCAGAGUUGGGAGUCAAAGAAUCAAAAUAUGCAGUGACACCGUGUGAUGUGAUGUUGAAGUGUAUCCAAUCUUCCAUGUGGUGCAAAUUGCAUGGAUUUUCCGACAGAUUCCUCGUGAGUGGGCAAAAUUGGAAAAGGGAUUCCACAGUGUUGUCCAAUUGAAUUUCAUCAAUUGAGAACCACACAAGUGCCACAUUGUCGCUGCCGCUCAGCAUCCAUCCAAGAGAUUUUUGGGCUUUUGGGGUGGUGUGUUCUGCCAUUGCCUAAAUAAUUCAACUGAUGCUCCCAAGAUCUGACGACUGGCGUCCAUUCCCGGUCUAAAGCAAAAGGUGCCAUCGAGUCAACGAAUUGUUCUCUGUAUUGCAGAGAGAUAUUCUCAAGGGUAUUCCGAGGAAUUAGCAGAGUGAAAUCAAAAGUGAUCGAAGUGAAGUCACAAGAACAGCUGCGUAAGGGUGCAUUUUGUGACGGCGCAAGCGAUUAAAGUCCAUAUUGGCGCCUAUCAGGGGGAGCCUGAGCAAUCGUCCCAACACCGCCAACGUCGUUGAGUCUCUGCUGCUGCCGCCGGCGGCGCCACACUUUUCCACGGGCGACGGCAAUAGAAAAUCCGCCAAACUGGCCGCGUCUAUAGCAAUGAACCCGCACUACCAUCCGUACUCGGAGCUGUCCUCGCCACAUCCACCCAGUCCGGACAACAACAACUUCCCGCCACUGGCCGGCGGCCAUCACCACAACGGCCAUGGCCCCUUCAUGUCCAUGGAGGGGCAGCAGGGAUUCCACCAGAUCAACAACAACAUCGGACCCAUCAAACACUGUGGCGGUUGCGGAGGUAAAAUCGUGGAGAGAUUCUUCUUGCAUGCACUUGACAAAUACUGGCACAACUCCUGCCUGAAAUGUUCCUGCUGCGGUGCAAUGUUGGCUGACAUCGGGAGCAGCUGCUACACGAGAGCCGGGAUGAUUCUGUGCAAGGCUGACUACUCCAGGAUGUUCGGGAUGUCAGGCGCAUGCAGUGCAUGUGGACAAACAAUCCAAGCCAACGAAUUGGUGAUGCGAACAACAUCGCAACUUAGUAGUAAUCAAGCGGUGGGCAAUCCUAACCAAAAUCUACAGAGUCAGGUGCAACACCAGGUGUUUCAUCCCAAGUGUUUUGCAUGUUCAAAAUGUGCAGUGCAGCUAAUGCCAGGCGACAGGUAUUACAUGUUGGCGGGCAGUCUAGUGUGCGAGCAGGACUGGCAGAAGUUGAUCAAGAACACGGGCGCGAGCACGGGAACGCCACCGAUCCGGAAGGGCAAGGUCGGCAGACCCAGGAGAUCCAGAGACUGAGAGGCUCCGCGUCUGGGACGGCCGCCC